AUGGGAAAUAAAACAAAGGUUGCUCGUUGCUUGGAACAAGUCACAGCAGCGGAGUUUGGUGCUGUUGAAGAGAGAAUGAAGGUUUCUUCGGGUAUCAGCUGCGUUGCGCCUGAGCCUGAUGUGGUCAUCAGAACCUCUGAUGGGUUAAAAAUCCCAGCUUAUUCCGGAGUUCUGGUUUCGGCGUCGCCGGUGUUUGAGGAAAUCUUGGAGGGGGGACGGAGGAGGAAGGGGAAGUUGGAUAAAGCCAUUCCAAUUCUUGGAGUUCCUUCUGGCGCUGCUCUCGCCUUUGUUGAUUUCCUCUGUUCUCCGAGGCGUGCAUCACUGGAUCAAAGCGAGACGAUGGACAAAUAUGGGAUGCAUCUAAUGGUGCUGUCUCAUGUUUACCGGAUCAAAUGGCUGAAGGACUAUUGUGAGGCCGAACUAGCCUUAAGACUGACUGUUGAUUCUGUUGUGGAUCUGCUGCAAUUGGCUAGGCAGUGUGAUGUGCCUAAGCUCUACCUGCAGUGUAUGAAAUUAUUGCGCAAAGAAUUCGCUACAGUUGAGAAAACUGAAGGUUGGGUUUUCCUGCAGAACAAUGAUCCUUGGUUUGAGCUUGAGAUCUUGAGAUUCCUUGAAGAAGAGGACACGAUACAAAAGAGGAGGAAGAGAAAGAUGGAGGAGCAACAGGUCUACUUACAACUAAGUGAAGCAAUGGAAUGUCUCCAACACAUUUGUACUGAAGGAUGCACUGAUGUUGGCCCAAAUGAAGCAGAAGAAGCACCUAACAAACAAAAAUCCCUCUCAUGUCCAAAUUACACAACUUGCCAUGUCCUUCAAAAUCUAAUCAAACACUUAGCUUCAUGUCGGGCAAAUCGCUCAGCCUGUUCUCAGUGUCGACGCAUUUGGAAUCUCCUUCGAUUGCAUUCUUCAGUUUGCCAGUUCACUGAUGAUUGCAGAGUUCCUUUAUGCAAGCAAUUCAAGAUGAAGAUGAACAUGGAGGGCAAAGGUGAAAAUGGGAAGUGGAGGUUGUUGGCAAAGAAAGUGGUUUCUGUUAAAGUUAUGUCCUCUUUGGCAAAGAAGAGAAAACAUGAUUUGUUGUACAAGUUAUGAUAUAGUUUUAUGUAUGAAAACAUAGGUAGCAUGCUUGCUUCUUAUUUCUUCCUUGGUAUGUUCUUUUAAAAUACACAAGGGAAGAACAAGUAUAAGGAGAAAUGUAUGUUAAUUAGAAGUUGUUAUGUAAUUUGUUAUCUUUAAUAGAGGUGCCGAGAUUCAAUUUACAAGUUAA